AUGAAACUGUUAUUAGCAUUGUGUUUGGUGGGAAUAGUUGCCGCUUCCCGUCCACCUGGUGAAGCUCAGCUAACCAGCUACGAAAAUGUGCAUAAUGGACGGGGUAAUUACAGAUUUGGAUAUAGCCAAUCUGAUGGGACCGUAUUUGAGCAGGAAGGUACGCUGAAGAACGAGGGCCAAGAAGAAGAAUCCCUGGCUGUUAGAGGUAAAUUUUCUUGGGUGGGUCCAGACGGCGUUACCUAUACCGUGACUUUUGUGGCUGAUGAAGAUGGUUACCAACCAGAAAUAGAGCAAGGUCCCGGCGGAGCUGUACCGUCAGCAAUACUUCAUUCUCUUGCCGGUUAA